UUUUAUUUGUAGCUAAAGCAGCGGCGGGAAUAGCAGCUGCAUUUCUUUUCUCUUUCUCCCUUCACAUUCCAUUAUCAUAGUGCUCCAAUGGAGAAGGAAGGGCCGGAGGGGCGCAGCAGGAUGCCUUGAGACACACGCAGCAUCUGGCGGAGGAUUAACAUACAUACAUGUGUAUGUAUGCGUCACGUAUAUAUUUACUGCAAAUGGUGGGGAUCGUUUAGUGCCCGAGAUGGGAGACCUGAAGUCAGGUUUUGAAGAGGUGGAUGGCGUGAGGCUCGGCUACCUCAUCAUUAAAGGGAAGCAAAUGUUUGCCCUCUCCCAAGUCUUCACGGAUCUGCUGAAAAACAUCCCGAGGACGACCGUGCACAAGCGCAUGGAUCAUCUGAAAGUGAAAAAGCACCACUGCGACCUGGAGGAGUUGCGGAAACUCAAGGCGAUCAACAGCAUCGCCUUCCACGCCGCCAAGUGCACGCUCAUCUCCCGGGAAGACGUGGAAGCACUCUACACGUCCUGCAAAACCGAGCGCGUCCUCAAGACCAAGCGCAGGCGACCGGGCCGGGCAGCCGCAGCCCCAGCGCCACCGCCGGAGCGCGCCGCCGCCGCCGCCGCCGCCGCCGCCGCCGCCGCCGCCGCGGGCCCCCGCCCGGCAUUUUGGAAGGACGAGCACCAACUUUGGCGGGGCCUGAGUGGAGCGGCGCGGCCGCUGCCAAUCAGCGCGCAGUCCCCGCGCCCGGGCGCCGCCGCCGCCGCGCGCCCCGCCGCCCAUCUACCUCAGGUUUUCAGCAAAUACCCGGGCUCGCGCUACCCGGAAAUCGUGCGCUCGCCUUGCAAAGCCCCUCUAAACUAUGAAACUGCCCCGCUCCCGGGAAACUACGUCGCCUUCCAUUCGGACCCCGCUUAUUUUCGGAGCCUGCUGUGCAGCAAGCACCCGGCCGCCGCCGCCGCCGCCGCCGCUGCCGCCGCCGCCGCCGCCGCCGCCGCCUACUACCAGGCGUCGGCCACCGGGCCGCAGCCCAAGGCGGGCGCAGGAGGGCCGGCGAGCCUGAGCUACCGCGGCAAGCGCCGGCGCGGGGGCUCCAAGGACUGCUUGCUCGCGCCGCACGCCGGCGCCCGGCGCCUGCUGCUGCUGCCGCCUAGGUCCUACAAAGCCAAGGCGGCUGCGGCGGCGGCAGCGGCGGCGGCGGCGGCGGCGGCGGCGGCUGCCGCGGGGGCCACUUGCCUGGAGAGAUUUCAUCUGGUCAACAGCUUCUGCCCGCCUCCCCAGCACCACCACCACCACCACCAUCACCACCACCACCACCACCACCGGGCCCAGCCGCCGCAGCAGAACCACCACCACCCCCCUCACCACCAUCGGCCGCAGCCGCAUCUGGGCAGCUUUCCCGAGAGUUGCAGCAGCGACUCCGAGUCCAGCUCCUACUCGGACCACGCAGCCAACGACUCGGAUUUUGGCUCCAGUUUGUCCAGCUCCAGCAACUCGGUGUCCUCGGAGGAAGAGGAGGAGGAGGGAGAAGAGGAGGAGGAGGAGGAGGAAGAGGAGGAGGAGGAGGAAGAGGAGGAGGAGGAGGAGGAGGGGGGCAGUGGGGCCUCGGAUUCCAGUGAAGUCAGCUCGGAGGAGGAGGACUCGUCCACGGAGUCGGACUCCAGCUCCGGCUCCAGCCAAGUGUCAGUGCAGAGCAUCCGUUUCAGGCGCACCAGCUUCUGCAAGCCUCCCAGCGUGCAGGCGCAGGCCAACUUCUUGUACCAUCUGGCCUCGGCCGCCGCCGCAACCAAACCCGCUGCUUUCGAGGAUGCCGGCAGACUUCCCGACCUCAAGAGUGGCGUCAAAGCCGAGUCGCCCGAGGAGUGGACUCUGCAGGACUGGGCCCCCAAAGCGUCUCCGGUGUACUGCCCGGCCAGUCUGGGGAGUUGUUUCACAGAGAUAAGGAACGAUAGGGUAUCUGAGAUUACAUUCCCACACUCUGAAAUUUCCAGUACUGUAAGGAGAACUGACCUGACAAUUAACUGCCUGGCAGAGGGGGCCUCUUCACCUAGCCCAAAGACAAACAAUGUAUUUCCACAACAAAGAAUACUCCGAGAGGCUAGGAAAUGCCUACAAGCAACUCCUGCUACACUCUGUGCAGAUAACGGCACAAUUGUUGCUAGGUUCUUAAAUAAUGAAUCUUCAGGAGUAGCAGCAAAUUCAGAAAAAGAUUCGAAAAUCCCUCAUUGUCAUGAAUUUGCUACGGAUUUGCCCUCUUCGCAAACUGAUCCUGAAGUGGAUGCAGCAGCAGCAGCAGCAGCAGCAGCAGCAGCAGCAGCAACUAAAGCUGAGAAUCAAGGCACUGACACAGGUGACAAGACACUGCCAUUUCUGCACAAUAUUAAAAUCAAAGUAGAAGACAGUAGUGCUAAUGAAGAAUACGAACCUGACCUUAUUACAAAUAAGCUAAAGUGCGAGUGCAAUGAUACAAAGGGUGAGUUUUACAGUGUAACUGAGAGUAAAGAGGAGGACGCCUUGUUAACCACAGCCAAGGAAGGUUUUGCAUGCCCUGAAAAAGAAACUCCUUCCUUGAAUCCACUGGCUCAGAAUCAGGGCCUGUCAUGCACUUUAGGUUCUCCAAAACCUGAGGAUGGGGAAUAUAAAUUUGGUGCCAGAGUGAGAAAAAAUUACCGGACACUAGUACUGGGAAAGCGACCUGUCCUUCAGACACCUCCAGUCAAACCAAAUUUGAAAUCAGCUAGAAGCCCUCGUCCUACAGGUAAAACCGAGACACAUGAAGGAACACUGGAUGAUUUUACAGUUAUAAACAGACGCAAAAAGGUAGCCAGCAAUGUAGCAUCAGCAGUGAAAAGGCCAUUUAAUUUCAUGGCAAAUUUUCCUUGUCCACCGUCGCUCAUUAUUGGGAAGGAUGGGGAUUUGUGGCCGGCGUAUUCCUUAAACACCACUAAGGAUUCCCAACCUCCUCACAAGGCCCAUCCUAUAUGGAAAUGGCAGCUGGGCGGUUCUGCAAUACCUCUUCCACCUAGUCACAAAUUCAGGAAAUUUAAUUCAUAAAAAUGUUUUGGAAGAUACUUUCUUGAACCAUAUUACCUUCCUUUUGUUGUAAACUGCACAGGAUGGUUUGUACAAGUCCAUUAAUGUGUUACACCCCCUUUGGAGUCCUGGUUUAUUGCAUUUUGAAGACAGAAAUCGGAUUACUUUUUUUUUUUCCAUUGCAGGGUUGUUGGUUUUUUUUUUUUUUUUUUUUUUUUUUGGAAAAGGAUGGGGGCGGGGUGGGAGAAGGGUUGGUUUACAUACUACGGUCUACUUCAGGCUAAAGACUCAAGUAAAACUCAGUUAUUAUGGUAGAGCUGGAACACUUUACUGUUUCAAUGCUAAUAAUGCACUUGGUACCUCAAUUCAACUGCUACAAAUAAAUGUCAAAAGGUUGAAUAAUAAAUAUUACAAUGAGCCAUUAAGUUUAUGCACUAGAUUUCAGACCUGAAAGUGUAACUUAAUUCAGUGAAAGUUUGUUAGGUCACAUGGUUACAGUGAGGUAGCAAGAAGUCUCUAUGAGCCCAAAAUGUUAUUUUCUGGAGCUCUUGUUUGUGGGGUAUCUUUUUUCUUUUUACUCCCCUCAUUUCCUCUCCAGGAGUAGUUGCA